AUGGCGAAGAGGAGGAUCCGCCCGACGUCCCAAGAGGAGGAUGGAGAGUGCAUGGAGCUGGUGAUGGGUGAACAGGCAUUGAGGGCCAGUUUGGCGUUUAAAGGAAGGGUGGAGACAGGGAUCCUCACACCGAGCCAAGAGCGCGAGCUCGCCGCCGACAUCGCGGAGAUCGAGAAGACUGCCCAGGUUCGCUUGCGUGUGCUCACGCAGACGUUCCCCAACACGCCAGGACUGGCGAUCAAGGACUAUUGGAAGCCUGAUGCUCGCACAGUGAUCUACGUGCACGACACGGGUGGACUGGGUGAGACGGCCGUGGUGAACUUCAAUGCUGGGCAAGAAGUGGAACUGAUGAGACCUGUCAGCAGUCAGUCAGUGGAGCGAAGCGGUGACGUGCAAAACACCUACGGCAACAAGUACUACAUCAAGGAACCCUUGCAGAAGCGAUGGCGCUGGGCCACCGAACCAUCUCGACGGCUGAUGAGUGGGCAGCCCACGUCAGCGCACGUCGAAGUGGUUAGUGGAAAAUCGCUUACCUUACUUUAUACCUAUCACUUGUGCCCGGUCGGAGCUGAGCUGAUCGUUGUCCGUGUCGCGAUAGGGAACCAAGAGAGGUUGAACAGGGUCCCGGACCAAUCCACUCUUGCUCAUGUCUCUGGCACUUCUGCCAGUCUCUCUUUGGACGCUCGGCAGGACGUCCACAUUUGUGAUGAGAUGGACCACAUAGUGCAUGGCUUCCAGUGCAUGGCAGACACUAGCGAUUCAGUUCAAAAAGCCAACGAGUUGAGUCGGAUCGUGGGGCGAUUCGGCACCUUGAGGAACGGCGUGAACGGCGCUUCGAUGCUCAUUGCAUCGCCACCGCCAGGCUUGGAGCCGGACCUGGGCGCCGCCGCCUUCCGCGCCGAGGUCACCGCCACAGAGGUGCGGCCGAUGACCGUGGAGGCCCUCGAGCAGAAGUUGAAGGGAUUAGGUCAAAACGCCUCGCGCGAGGCGAUCCUGGAGGCGAUCAGAGAGCUCGUACUGUCCGAAGUGGAGUUCAAGGUACAUGAGAAGUCGGAGGAGAUGCUUAUCAAGGGCAAGCAGGUGGUGGCACAAAUGCAGCAUCGGCAUCGCGAAAAGACGCAGCAGCUGCAUGAAGAGAUUGACCGCUGCCAGAAGAAACAGCAAGAGUUGGAGAGCGAGAAUGGGCGUUUGAAGCAGACUCUGCAAGAGUUGGCCUCGCAAUUCACCUUGAUCGGAAACACCUACCUGAACGGUUUGAACGGCAAGGAGAUGGCGUCGCCCGACUCGGUGAGUACGGCCGAUGCCGACACAGAGCCCACACAGGCCCUCCCCUUGACGCCCAAGCCCUAUGGCGAACGGGUGGACGGGCUGCCCGAGGUGCCCAACUUCCCCUUCACGCCUGUGCCGGUGGCGGGCUGCAGCCCGCCGGCCAUCUCCAUCGCGGAGUCUUUGGGUCCCCGGACACCGCAACGGACACCCGUCUCGUUGCUCCAAUCCUUGACGCCCUCCGCGGCGGUGCCUCCAUCGCCCUUCACGGUCAAUGGCUUUGCCAGCCCAGGCCUGGUGGCUGGCUGUGGGAUUUUCAGCUUUACGCUGCGCAAGGCGGAUGGCACCGACUUGGGUCUCAAUGUGUCGCACAACAUGGAGGAUCGCUGCUUAUGCGUGGAGAGCAUCCGUGAGGGCGGCGCCAUUGAAGCUUGGAAUCGUCAGUGCGGCCUAGGCACGCCCUUCGCUGAGAAGGCGGUCUUUCACGGUGAUAAGAUCAUCAGUGUGAACCACGUGUGCUAUGAUCCCAACGCCAUGCUACAGGAAUGCCGGGACAAACAACUUUUGAAGCUGACCAUUGCGCGUGGCAAUGUGCCCCUCCCAGCCCCGCCUCAGGAGCUUCGCGCUGAGGCGUCCGAGUUUGUACCGGGAUCUGCCACGAAGGAGGAGGAAAAGGAGAACGAGGACGGUCCGGCCGGCUGCUGA